AUGGGGUUCGAAACCGUCAAAACGUUAACCAUGAGUCCAGGUGUGACCGUGGACAUCCAAGUCAACGCCGACGAGCCCGAGACCUCAAUUGACAGGUACGCCGUUGACACAAUCUGCACCGGUAAAUCAGGCACAGAUGCUUUCUACGUCCCUCCACACUGGCACAAGCACCACUCCGAGCACUUCACGGUCCUCGAGGGCCGGGUGGCCGUGACCAUCGACGGCGUGAAGCAUGUAAUCCGCGCAGGCGAUCCCGUCCUCUUUGUUCCGGCGAGGACUGUCCACAGCAUCCAAGGGUUCAAGGGGGAGCGUUUGGUUGUACGAGAGCGAGCGGACCCGGCGGGGGACUACAAGGCCGUGUUCUUUAGCGAUGUGUUCUCAACGGGCAGCUUUGGGACCCUCGCCGACGUACCUCAUAUGCUGCGAGCUUUUUACGACGGGGACACGUACCUGGCUCUGCCACUGUACUUCCGUUUCUUCGACGAAGUGUUCAUGACGAUAGCCGGCGGCCUCGCGCAUCUGAUUGCACCAAAAAGAGUCAAGACUCUGUGA